AUGACCCAACAAUCCGCACCACCCAUCCUCUCCACGCCCCAAGAAUCAACCCUCUUCGAAGACCCAACACCCAUCUCCUUAACUCCGCGGAAGAAACAUACGAAAGAGGAGAUCCGGACGAUAUACGAGGUUGAGAGGACGGCGAGGGAGAUUGUGAAAGGUGGAUGGAGGAGAGUCGCGUUGCAGCUUCCGGAUGGGAUGUUAGGGGAUGCGCCGGGGGUUUUUGAGGGGUUGGAGGAGGAGAUUGGACGGUUGGAAAUGGGGGGUUGGAGGGUUGGUGGUGAUGAGAAGGAGGGGGAGGGAGAGGAGNGGGAUGUUAGGGGAUGCGCCGGGGGUUUUUGAGGGGUUGGAGGAGGAGAUUGGACGGUUGGAAAUGGGGGGUUGGAGGGUUGGUGGUGAUGAGAAGGAGGGGGAGGGAGAGGAGAGGGAGGUGGAGAUUAAUGGGGAGGGGAAGGUGGAAAGCUUUAGGAAGGGAGAUAGAGGGAGCAGGGAAAAGAUUCGACUUGCGAUAUUGGCGGACACUUCUUAUGGAUCUUGUUGUGUCGAUGAGAUCGCGGCUGAACAUACGAAUGCGGAGGUAGUCAUACAUUAUGGACGGGCGUGUCUUUCGCCUACGGCGAGAUUACCGGUUCUUUAUGUGUAUACUUCUAUGCCUCUGGAGAUCUCUGAGGUUCUCACGGCUUUUGAGCGGAAUUUUGAGAAGGAGGCAAAAGCAGGGAAGGGGGAGAAGGUUAUUGUGAUGGCGGAUUUGACAUAUCAUUCUCACGUCCCUCUGCUUCUCGACUCGCUACAAGAAAAGGGAUGGAAGAAUAUUAGAGGAACGGAAGUCGUUCAUGAUCCUCUAGCACCAAUACCGAAUCGCAAAAUAAGCUGGGAAAGCGAAGAAGGAGAGGGAGAUGAGAAUCUGAAAGAUUGGAAAAUCUGGCAUAUCUCUCAACCACCCACAUCCCUCCUCCUAACUCUCUCCUCCCGAAUAAAAGAACUCCUCAUCUAUCCCACCAACGAAAAAUCCUCAACAAACAACGACCUCACAAUCCGACCCCAAACAUCACGUCUUCUUUCCCGUCGCUACGCACUCCUCACUCAACUCUCUACCACACCCAUAAUAGGAAUUCUAAUAAACACGCUCUCCCUAAGCUCACUCCUCCCCUCUCUCUCCCUUCUUAAAUCCCUCAUCCACAACGCCGGCAAGAAGAGCUACACCUUUUGCGUAGGGAAAGUGAAUUCCGCCAAGAUGGCCAAUUUCUCAGAGGUGGGUGGAUGGGUGGUACUAGGUUGCUGGGAGAGCAGUCUGUUGGAAGGGAAUGAGUUCUAUGCACCAGUCGUGACGCCUUUUGAGUUGGGGAUUGCGUUGAUGGGGGAUGAGGAGCGGGUCUGGAGUGGAGAGUGGCGGGGUGAUUUCUCGGUUUUGAAGGAAGAGGAGCAGAAGAAAAGAGAAAUUGAAGUAAAACGGACGGAGAUAGAUGGUGGAGAACCUGAGAUCCUGGCUCAGGAUAAUGAUGAAAGUGGGGAGAUAGAUGAAGAAGACGAGUCCGAACCACCCGUAUACGAUUUCAGGACUGGUCGGUAUAUCUCGAAUUCGAGACCUAUGAAGGCUUCCAAAUCUAUUUCUACAUCCACAACUAGCGCCUCCCCUUCUACAGAUAUCCCUGGGGGACCUCAUACUUCCACUGAGGGGAAUCAGACCCUAGCGAGGAGAGCGAAGUUGGAUGUUGCGACUAUUAACGGUACGGCCUCGCCUGGUGCGGAGUUUCUGAGGAGCCAGAGGACUUGGACGGGGUUGGGGAGUGAUUUUGAGCGGGUGGAUGGGGGGGGGGAUGGAGAUAGGGAAGGAGAAGGGGGUUUGAUUGAGGAGGGGAGGAGGGGUGUUGCGAGGGGGUAUGUUGUUGGGGAGAGGGUGGUUAGGACGUAG